AUGAAAAGGAAAAUAUUACUUGAAAGAGUGUAUUUAAUGAAUAUUCUUUUGUAUUGUGAUUCAAUCACUACAAUCAAAACACUUUUAUGUGUUAAUAAAAAAUGUCAAGAAACAAUUCAUUCAAUUCGUAUUAAUCCAUUUAAUAUCAAUUUUAAAGAAAUUUCAAAAAAUAAACAUAUCUUCACAAACUUAGAAACAAUAUAUGAACUAAAAGAUUUGGAAGAAGUAGAGGAAUUUAAACGGUCGUGGAAUAACAAAAUCACAUUCAUAAGAACAAUUCAAUCAUGUGCUAUCUUUUAUUCUUUUAUUAAACCUUUUAACACUAAUCAAAUUGAGUUAUUAUCAAAAAUUGAAGAAUACUCAAUUACACGUUUGACAUUACAUUGUAUUGAUGAAUUUAUGUAUUCAAUUCCAUUCUUCUUUCAUUUAAAAAAAUUAAAAAUUGGAUAUUCAAGUUAUUUUAAUUUUAAUAAAUUAAAUCAAUUGAAGAAUUUGAAAACAGUAUAUGUACUUUUUCAAUUCAGAUUUCCUGAAACAAUCAUUUAUGAUUUUCAUAAUGUUGAUAUUCAAAGAACAAAAUAUCAUUUUAUUCUUUAUUCUAUAUAUGAUGAAGAUAUUCUUCAAUUUCAAAUUUAUACAAUUCAACAUGAAUAUCCAUCUAUUCAAAUUCAUAUAGCACUAUUAACAAGAAAAGUUGAACAAUACUUUCAUUAUUUUGAUUCUUGUUAUGUUGAUCCAAAUUAUUUUAAAGAAGAAGAAUAUGAAACAAUUAAUAAUUCAUUACCAUGUAAUAUCAAAAUCUUUUCAAAAAAGAUUCAAGACAUUAAACAUAUUAAUCUUAAGGAUUGUUAUUAUCUUAAGAACUUAAGUAUAACACUAAAAAAUAAAGAUUCAUUUGAAUUAGUUUUUCCACAAUCAUUAAAAAUAUUAAGUAUAGAAGCACCACAAGCUAAAUUUAACUUAAACAAUAUUCCUAUUGAAUGUUUAAAUCUUACUCGAAUACAAAGUAACUGGCAUUCUAUAUUAACUACAUUAACAUCUCUUUCUUUAUAUCAAUGCAAAGACUUUGAAAUUGACUUAGCUCAUUCAAAAUUAUUAAAAAAAAUUGGAGUUUGUUGUUGUUCUGAAAUAUCAAUAAUUACUCCUAUUACAAUUCCUUUAUGUGGUAUUUAUUUCUCAACAAAAAUAAAAAUAAACUUUACAGAUAACUAUAUAGAUACUCCUCUUUUUAUUUAUGAUGUUAUUCAUUUUUGGUGUUCUCAAACAAAAAAGAUGAUUGUUGAAAUUAAUACAGAUACUCUUGAUUUAUUCAUGUUUAAUCUUCAAUACAUUUCUUUUUAUGAUUGUUCUAUUAAAUUUAUUAAACUUCCAAUGAGUCUUCAUUUUGUUCGAGUUGUUAACUCUAGAUUUAAAUUUCUUGAAUUUAACAAUCUAAUUAAAUUAACAAUCCAAUCACAUUCUAUUAUUGAAAAAAUAAAAGGAAAUUAUAUAUCAAGAAUUCAUUUAAGUGGAACAAUUAAUAACUGGAAUAUUCAAAAUAUUGGAACAAUAUCUUAUCAUAAUGGAAUAUUAUCUGAAGAAAUUAAAUGUAAACGAGUGAUAGUAAAAACUAAAAAACGUUAUAUUGAUCUUCAUCAUAUUAAUUCUAACUAUGUUAUUUUUUCUUCAAAAAGUAAAACAAAUAUUGCUUGUCUCAAUAAAGAAGUUAUUCACAUUAUUAAAAAUUCUCUUCCAGUAGUUAUUUUGAAUCUUAAUAAUUUUAUUCCUUCAAAACAAUUCUAUAAUGAAGUCUUUUAUCAAGUUUCAAAUGUUAUUCUUUCAAAUAUUAUUCAAACAACACUCAGAAUUGUUGGAAAAAAGAUUAAAAAUAUUGAUCUUUCACAUUGUUCUAUUUCAAAACUAAUUAUUCGAAGAUGUCAAUUUAUAGAAAAUAUUUUAUUACCAUUUCAAUGUCAAUCAAUUUAUAUUGAAAAGUGUCCAAAUAUUCAUAAAAUAAGAUAUAUUGAACAAAACUAA